AUGUACAGAUCACGACCACCAAUACGUCCACUUCCUCCUCCUCCUCGUGCUGCUGCUGCUGCUGGAGCAGGUGCACUUGGCGGAGUAUUAGGUGGCUUAGGUGGCGCCAUUACUUGUCUCUGCUGUCUGUCAGCACUCGGUCUUAUUGGACUUUGGGCUACAUUUAUUCCAUUUGUUGCCUUUUUUAAAUAUGCAUGGGAUCAAGAAACAAGAGCUUUUGGUGGCAGUCCAAGUAUUCAAAAUUUUCAACAAAUUGUUAUUCUUCUUGCUAUAUGCUUAUUGACAAUGCGUUUUGUCAAACGGCAAAUGAAUACAUAA